AAGCAACCCCAAAGUGUCUCUCCUCUCUUGACUUUCUUAUUUUUCACGGUUAAAGUUCUCUCUCCUUUUCUGCAUUCUUGCCUAACUUUCAUCAAUUAAGCCUCACCAACGUCGAAGAUGAGAUGUCGAAACCACAAUAUAUAAAGAACUAGAUUGUCCUUUGGCAUGAUCUCCUAACACAGUUGUCCCUGUGUAUGCUUGUGCGCACGUGAGAGAGAGAGAGAGAGAGAGAGAGAGAGAGAGAGAGAGAGAGAGAGAGAGAGAGAGAGAGAGACCAGGAGCAAUGGACGAUUUGCCACCUGGGUUUCGGUUCUACCCAACGGAGGAAGAAUUGGUUUCAUUCUAUUUGCACAACAAACUAGAAGGGAGCAGGGAGGAUUUGAACCGAGUUAUGGACAAGGUUAUACCAGUUUUGGAUAUAUAUGAGUCCGACCCAUGGGAUCUCCCACGGUUUUCGGGAGACCUGUGCUAUGGAGACCCUGAGCAGUGGUUUUUCUUCAUUCCCAGACAAGAGAGUGAAGCCCGUGGGGGAAGACCAAGGCGACUCACUACAAUAGGGUACUGGAAAGCUACGGGGUCUCCUAAUUAUGUCUACUCUUCCAACAAUCGCAUUAUUGGAGUAAAAAGGACCAUGGUUUUCUACCGUGGAAGAGCUCCAAAUGGAAAAAAAACCGAAUGGAAGAUGAACGAAUAUAAAGCCAUCGAAGGAGAAGCGUCCGCAUCUACUGGUGCAGUUCCUACGUUACGACAAGAAUUUAGUUUGUGUCGAGUCUACAAGAAAACAAAAUGCUUGAGGGCAUUUGAUAGACGGCCAUCUGGAUCAGUAGUAAUAGGCCGCGGUGAGCCAGCAGCACAGCAAAUUCAUCAUGGCGAUGAUCAGGCAGUACCAAGAUCUAGUCUGAACCUUCCAUUUACUGAAAGAACAGCCUCACCGGACAGUUCAUCCUCAGGAGACCAUGGCCGCCAACCUGGCCGGGAAGGUAAGAACAAAGGAAUGGCUGUUAAUGAUGAUCAGAGCUUGUGGGAUUGGGAGCAAUUGAAUUGGUUCCCUGAUGGAAUAUAUGGAAUGGAUCAUGAUCAUCGCGAGUAAAUGGAGAUCAGGAUUUUCUGAUGAAUAAUUAUGCAUGGCGUAGUAGCGUGCUGUCCAAAUAUAGCUAUGACAGCUUUACUACUAAUGUUAGUAGAAUACCACUACUAUUAAUAAAUUGUAUAUGUUAGUAGAACAGUAGUACCAUCAAAGGCAUGCUAGCUGCUACCUUAACCCACGCAAUUAAAGAAAGUAUAUAUGGUACUUUUAAUUAUUAAUUAGUACUUUAAUUUUGGAGAAGGCUAA